AAGGUCUCUAGGCGCUUUUAAUGUUGUCUUACUCAUAUACUGUGCUGUUGCCCGAAAGUACAUUCGUGUGUGUACGUAUUCAACAGACAAAGACAAAAAUCCAACUGGUUGUUGACUGGCUGUCAAGUCACGUACGCCACGGCUGGUGGAAGUACGUAAAUUGUAAAAUUCCGCGUAAAUAGCGAAAAAGUGUAAUAGUGAAGGUGAAAACGAAACGAAAUAUCUAUAUUAACUCAAUUUUUAAAAAUUCAUAACAUGUCAUCGACGAAAUCUAGUGUUGAUGAUCUUCUGGGAGAGUCCUGGGUGGAUGUCAGUGCCAGUUCAACUUGCGGAUCUCAAGGAGGUGGCACCCCUGCAUCUGUAGCCCAUACGCUGUGCGUUGAAGAUUACCUGCGUUUAUUGAAAGAGGCACAAGAAUCAAUUCAGUCAUCAGCUAGAGUAUCUUUAGCUGGAUCUCGACGAGAUUCUCCAAGAAGUAGUCCCAAGUCGCCUCCAAACAGCCCAGUACAGGGCUCAUCUUCCUUAAACCUGGAGUGGCAAUCUUAUUAUGUGAAUUCUGAUAGUAGAGAGGAUCCAGAUUUUCUGAGCGACUGGAGUAGUCGCCCGGAUCAGUUGCCCCCAAAGAACUGGAGUUUCCGUCCUCCGACAAGAGAUCUGCUGAGUCUCCGCUAUGCUCGUGUUGGUAAUACAAAUGUUUUUUCUCGUAAGGGCUUAUGUACCUUGUUCUUAACCAACCUAAUUUCUUUAAUACUGGGAACCGGAAUAGGACUUUGGCUGAGCAAACACGGUUUCUUUGUGCCAGCCAUUAAAGUACGUUAAUUGAGAGAUCUUGUCAGUGUUCAAAGCCUAUGAAAGUAGUUGUAAAUUUCAGUAUGGCUUAUUUUCUAAAUUGAUCAAAAGAAAUUAGGUAUGAUUUCAUUUCAUCUAUUUGUAUUCUGGACAUUAGUUGAGAAAAAUGUCGGGCAAUCAAAAAAAUUGUGAAUUUUAUUAAUUAUUUAUUUUUAUCGUGCAGCUUAAUUUUGACUAAUUAUGAAUUUUUUCUGUAUUCAUCACUUAGGAUGUUCAUUUGUUGCCAGUUAUAAUUGUAAUGACAUUUUAACGAAUACCUACCCAUUUUUGUUGAAGAAAUGGGUUUGGUUACUACUCUGACUAAUAGAAUUAAAAGAAAACAUUGUGUAACGUCCAAUAUUUGAAAUAGACAGAAAGAGCUAGGUCAGAGUUGAUUUAUAGUUAACUAUGAUUAUGACUCAAUGUAAAAUUUUGACCAAAAGGUGUUUUUGAAAAAUUUCAUUAAUAUUGACGAAAUUGUUUCUUGUCUCAAAAUUAUGUUUGCUGUCCGCUGAAAUAUCAAGGNA